AUGACGGUCGCCGUCUCGACGCGCGGUCGAACGAGGAUUCUUGAAGUGGUUACCGCCGCGAACGACGUUACCGUGACGGCGACCGCCGCCGUGACGGGUCACCGCACCGCCUCAUACGCCCCCCGACGUGAUGAUGAGGCAAACGAGGAUUACUUCGAGGACGAAGGCCAGUACUCGGACGACCAACGCUCGGACGAGGAUUCAGACGCUGAUUAUGACUCGGACGAGUCUACCGGACAUGUCGGUGCCGCUAACGACGCUGAGCGCAGGGCCGCAGCCGAUGGAACGUUCGAUCGGUCCGACAACCGACGCUUCAGGAACGGAGGAGGCCCGUCCAACCGCGAACGAGAUGACCGCCGCCAGUAUGGACCAUGCGCCACGUGCGGAAGCCCGUCCCACUCGGUGCACGACGCUGGGAAGUGCGAGGCACUCCACGAGCUCACCAAGCUCCUGAAGUCCAAGGUCGACAAGAAGGAUCUGUCGCCAGAGCUGCAAAGCCUGUUAGCUGAGCCUGCUGUUGCUGCGGUCUAUCUGUUCGCGUUCACAGGCGAAAGCAAACGGCCUGACGACCUGAAGAACAAUGAACGUGUGAAACCGACGGAAAAUGGAGAGAACCGAGACGCAAGUCUCGUUGAGAUUGUUAUUGAUGAAGGUGAUGAUGAUGAACGUGAUGGACACCCGACAGAGGCUUUGAUUACAAGUCUAGACCAGAUCAGGGGCCACCUCGGAUCCCAGCGAUACGACAAGAGGAAGCGAAUGAGAGCUUUGGUCAAUGGCGCCGUGGACGACGCGUGA